AGUCAGAGGUAUAAAAGCCAAUUUGGAUCUUAAGUUCGAGCAUAGUCAAUUCAGCCGAAAUCCCAUCGAAACAUACCGAUAAUCUAGUUUAGUUAUCUUUUAUAUUAAUUUUGUAAAAAUGAAAUUUCUAAUCCUGUGCUCUUUUAUUGUCACAGCAGCAGCCGCUCCUGGUGGUCUGUUAGGAUAUGGAGGAAUAGGGUUAGGGCAUGGGUAUGGUUUGGGAGGAAUAUCAAUUGCUGCCCCAGCAAUACAAGCUGCACCAGUGGCAAUUUCUUCACCAGUCCUAGUUCAACAAGCACCAACCAUUGUUAAGGCAAUUGCUCCAGCUGCUACAAGCUCUGUUAGCAUUAGUCAGGUCCAAAUUCAACAUCCAUCAGUGAUCAAAUAUGCAGCAGCACCGGCUGUUGCUGUUGCUCAACCUGUCAUCAAAUACGCUGCUGCCCCAGCAAUAAGCGUUGCACAUCCAGUUGCUGUUGCCGCAGCACCAACUAUUAUUGCUGGUUACGGCGGAUAUGGUGGCUACGGUGGACAUGGAAUACAUGGAAUAUCACUUCAUUAAAACUAUUGUAACAGGCAAUUAGAUUCAAACACAAACUGUAAUUUAUUUAUUCAGUGUGUAGGGUUUUUAAAUUAAAACUUAUGUUUAAAUUGAAACUAAUGAAAAGUAUUAUUUGAAAUUGUAGGCAUAUUUUGUUGUUGUUAAUUUAUAAAUGAUAUAAAAACAAUUUUAAUAUAAAUACACUGCUCACAUAUCA